CUGCGCCGCCGCUGCUGCUAGGGUUUUGUUUAGCCGCCGCUGCUAGGGUUCUGAAUAGCCGCUGCCAAGGUUAGUUCGUUAUUGGUUUUUUUCAAUCUCAGAUCAGUUUUUCAGCCGUGUAUGGAAACAAUGGCAGAUGAAAAGAUAAAGAUUGAAAAGUUUGAUGGAAGUGAUUUUGGGUUUUGGAAGAUGCAAAUCGAGGAUGUUCUUUAUCAGAAAGACUUAUACCAAACUGUGAAGCUUUGGCGAGCAUACAAUAGAGAACUUGAGGAAUCAUCCAACACUAAUCAUGUUUCUUUCUUUCUGUUAAAAGAGGUUACAAUGGUAAAUUAUGAACCGGUCUCUACCCUUUUUGUCAUAGUGCCUUCAGAUUUAUCAGGCAAAAUUUGUUUAGCAAUUGGGAGAGGAUCGGGAUCAAUUGAUCAGGUUUCGAUUCCCACAAACACCCCUGGAACAAGGAGCUCUGUUGAUGUGCCAACUGCUUUUGAUUCAUGUUGCGGUCUUGCAGUGUCUCCGGGGAAUCUUGUACUUGCUGUGGUACAUGGCUACGACACUCAACUAUUAAAUCCAAUGUAUGAGUCAAGGUCUUGCAAAGCUGCAGUAGAUUUACCAACAAACACUUUGCGGGCAUCGUUGAUAGCCUCAAACUUCACAUAGAAACAUAGACAUCCGAAGGAUACCCAGACUUCAGAACAUGGCAAUAAUGAAGAUCGAUACCAUGAGACUUGCUCAGUAAAAAUUUGUUUCUUUGGGUUAAACUUUGUUGUCUUUUCUGAAUUUUAGAAGGGAAAAGGGAACAGAAGGGAUAUGUU